CACUGCUCGUCGUCAAUAUAGCAAGCCUCUACACACACGGGAGCUCGGGGAGGGAGUGAGAGAGAGAGAGAUAGGGGUCAAGAGAGUGAGAGAGUGAGCCAACCAGCCCCGCUGUGCGGGAGGGGGUGUGGGAUAGAGAGGACACGGAGCUAGCGAGCGAGGCAGGGAGUGAGUGAAUGAGUGAGUGAGCCUGGCAGUGGCUGCCUGCGUCCGGCGUUGCGCAGCAUUUGCCGCAGCAACUCUGCCGUGCGGUUCUGCCGUGGAGCGGACAAAAUCCGCAAAGCGUCUCUCCCCGCACGGAAUACCACGCAGAUUUAUCAGGAGCUGCCUGCCACUCCACUUAAAGCUAGGGCAAACCCAGAGCCAGCCCCUGGUGCCUGCCCAUCCAGCUGGGCAGGAGCAGAAGAGGACGACUCACAACUCGUGUUCAACAGUGACACAAAAAGCCCCAGCGCUGGGAGCCCCGUCCUGUCUGGUCGAGUGUGGGAGCUUUGCCAGGUGUUUGAAGGAGAGCAGUGGGUGCAGGGUGACAUGCUCAGGAGGGCGGUACUGCCUCCCAGCUCGGAGCGUUGGGCGUGCGACGCGGCUGUUGAGGCCGACCCGGGGGUCUCGGGGUCGCUGGUCGGUGGGGGCUCCAAGGGUGCGGGAGUGGUAGCCGGGCUGGUGAGCCAACGCGUGCUGCAAGAGGAGGAGGAAGAGGGCCCUCGUUAUACACGCGGCUCGGACAGCGAGGGAUUCAGCCCCCGUCCUGUGCGGCGCUCCGACCGAGAGGAGGCUUUCCGUGCCCCUGCGCCGCACACGGCCAGCAUCGCGCGCCACCCCGGGGCGCCCCGUCAGCCACCCCACAACCCCUUCUCGCCCGGUUUUGACUCGGAGCCGCCGGACCCCACCGCACGAUCCGAGCGCAUCGCUCGCUACAAGGCAGAGCGCCGUCAGCAGCUAGCUGAGCGCUACGGCAUUCCAGCUGACAGCGACUCGGAGAACGACCCAGUGUCCAAGUACGCGUGGCUGAAGCAGCAGAGGGCUGGUGGUGCCGCUGCCGCCACCGCCGCCGCUGCUGCUGGUGCCAGCGUCAGUGGUGGAGCGGGGAUAUUGGAGCGGGAGAAGAAGGUUCUGGCGUCGCUGUCGGAACGAGAGCCGGCACCAAAUUCCCGGCACCGCAUAGCCGGGCGGAAAGAGGUGCAGUACACGGGACCGUACCCAAAAGCGACCGACAGUGGUGCCGUGAGUGACGGCCGAGGGAGGAUGCUCCAUCACCAGCAUCACCACCAACAUAACCAUCAUCAGCAGAAGCAGCAGCAACCGCAGCAGCAGCAGCAGAGAGGCAAGCACGGGGACACCAUGGAGGCAUCAGAAAGAGCAAGGUCGGCACAACCGCGAUAUGCAUGGGAGGAAGAAGGAGAGAGGUAUCCACACACCGCCGCUCCACCUUACCAGCCUACCGCUGCCCCUCCUUACCAUCAGGUGACCGCAACCCCUUACCAGCCUGCUGCUGCCUUUUACCAAUCAACAGCCGUUCCUCCUUACCAUCAGGUGACUGCCCCUCCUUAUCAGCCAGCUGAUGCCCCUCCUUACCAAGCAGCAGUCACUCCUUACCAGCAUAUGGCUGCUCCUCCUUAUCAAAUGGCGUGUGAUCCUUAUCAAGCCGUGGCCGCACCCCCUUACCAGCCGACUGCUGCCACUUAUCCAGUGAGGGCAGUUCCGUCCUCUCCUCCAUCGUCCCCAAUGUCGCCGGGUUUCAGCCCCUACGAGGGCCACAGAGCCAAACACAGACCCCUUCACCGUGACGACGGAGGCAAGAGCGGCCAUGACGGUGCCGUCCCCUGGAGACAACCGGGCUACAAGCACGUCCCCGUGCGCAUCGUAUCCCCACCGCAAGCCGGGGCGUCCACCACCGCCAGGCCCUGGCACCAGCGGCCACAGCAGUUCACGGAGCAGCCUCUGCACUUCCGUUCUGAGCCUCGCACCCAGCAGAGGCAGCAGCAACAGCAGCAGCAGCAACCACCACCUCUUUACCAACACCACCACCAUCAUCAACAGCAAUACCAGCAACAACACCAGCCGCAACACCAGCAGCAACACCAGCUACAGCAACAGCAGCAGCACCAGCAGCAGCACCACUCUAGGCAGCCUCACUAUCAUGCUCAAGCUGUGGCAGCCCCACCUGAAGUCUGGAGCCCCAGCCGGCAGCAAGAUUACCGGGCCCCUCAGCAACGAGCGUCCUACAGCAGCAACCAGACAAUGAGCCCGUCGGCAGAGCAGCCGGAGCACUACCGCGGUCUCCCUCACCGGCACGAUCGUCUGGCUGGCUCAGAAUUUUAUGCUGGCGGACCCGCAGCUGGUGCGGUGCGGAUCCCGGGCAGCGCGGGUAGCGUGUUCCGGCCAGUGGUGAGCGCGCGCCGAAUGGCGAUGGCAGAGCGGGCCACACCACCAGAGCCAAGGACACCACCGGCCACGACUCCUCCACGGGCCAGCUUCGAUGACUUCAGCCGCUCGGACGACGAGCAGUACGGGGUAGGAGAGGAGAUGGGGGACGAUAUUGCCCUGCGGAGAGCGCAACGAGAGGGGGAGACGGCCAGAGAUGGGCGAAUGGAACUAGAGGCCGAUGAGAGCGUGACAGAAUCUCCGCCGCUGCAGCCUCCACCGACCGCUCGCCUCCUGAAGAGCAGGAAGGCCGUGCUGCCCUCCGAGGUGCGGCGCCAGCAGCAGAAGGUACCGUCCGACGAGGGGAGAGCGAGGUCCGGCCAGACGCCCGAUGGGGGCCUGAGGGCAAAGCAGUCACCGUCGGCUCGAGGGGACGGCGAGAGGGAGUACGUGGGCGGUCCUGACGACGAAGGAGACGGCGCCGGAGCCGCGCGAUGGUGGGGCGAGAGGAAGGGGGCGCAAACGGACACCCACGGCGGGGUCGGCGGGCCCGUGAUGCGCAGCAGCUCUGAGAUUUGGGGCGGGCCGGCCCACUUGUCGGCGGGGAACCUGGUCAGAGCGAGGCCGAUGCGGAGGGCGACCCAGGAGGCCUUCCUGAUGACGGCGGCAGGCGCCCGUGCAGAGAGGGGCAUGGCCGAGGGGCGGGAGUGUGAGCGGGGUGGCGUGGACUGGCUGGGCACCGAUGGCUACGCCGGGGGCAGGCCGCCACCUCGCGAGGGUUUGUUCGAGUCGCCCCCAGAGCCUCGGGCCCGCAGCAGAUCCGUCGACUGGAAUGCGGCGGCGGCGAGGGUGAACGUUGAAGCGCGACCUCGAGGGCCCAUGUGGCGUGCUGAGGCUGGGAGGGGAGUGGGCGCCGGGGGCGCCGGGGGCACCGGGGGCGCCGGGGGCGGUAAAGGCGGCGUGGGCGGCGGGGUGGCUCCGGCUCAGCGCAGGGCCCGGCGCUACAUCACGCCGGGGGACGACCGGCGGGCGUCCGACCGCUUCCGCACUCAACCCGUCACCUCGGCCGAACGGCACCAGACAGACAGGUCUUGGCAAGGGGAUGCCGAUGACAAUGUUGAAACGGACAAUAUUGAUGACAAGGCCAAGCUGAGUGUGGCUGCCAAGCGGUCAUUUUUCAAGGACCUGGAGAAAGCCGCGUCCCAGGAAUCUCCAGCCUCUCCGAAAAUGCGCUCUCGCAACCCGGCGGUGGAGCGACGUCUGCAGCGACGGCUGCACAAGCGCGCGUUCACGCAGCCCAUUGGCACCCCGCCGGGCUCGCCCGCCAGUGGAGCUGGCUUAUUUGCUCAGGGCACAACCAGUGGCAGCCCAACAGCCCAAGGAAGGAGCAACAGCCCCAUUCCAGUCGAACCUGAACCCCAGCUGACCAGCACGGGGAGCAAGCCCGAGAUCGUGGCGCGUGCGCGGGACGAGGAUGAGAGCCAGUCGGACGGCGCUCCGGACACCAGCACCCUGACGCUGACGGAGAAGAUGGCGCUGUUCGACCGCCUGCUCCGGCCAGGCGCCGCGGGGGCCCCGCCGUCCCCCGCUCGCGGGCGCACGACCCCCAGCGACGACGCGGCUCCGGGGGCGCCCAGGGACCGGCUGGUGUCCAGGAGGCGACGCGGUUCGUCUCGUUACCAGACCCAGCCCAUCACCAUGGAGGAGGUCAAGCAGGCAAACUCGGGGACCCUCACGCCGUCCUCGCUCGGCUCCAGCAAAGCUGAGAAGUCCCCACCACUCCCUGACGAGCCGCCGAUGUCGCAUCCGCGAUCGCCCAGCCCCGGGACUCCGAGAUCCUCUGGGUCUUCUUGCACGCGGGAUUCGCGUGCUCAAGUGAUGGAAAACCCCUUUAAAACCGCCCCUAAGCACCACGCCGACAGCCCGGCAAUGAACAAGGGCUCGGAGCCCCAGUGGUCUCAAGUUGACAACGCAGGGAGAGGUGAAACGAACGAACGGGGAAGGCCGCAAGAAGGCAGAGAGGCGUCGGGUGGUGGGAGAGUGAAAGAAGCAGUGAAAGAUGACUGCAGGCAACCCGGGCGAGUGUCAGGGCGCGGCAAUGGCGGGGACGUCAAGGCAAGAGAUGUCCCCGGUAGUGCCGACAGCACGGCCAGAGGGAGUGUGGAGAGGAUGAGUGCGGAGGACAGCGUGGAUGUGGCUAAAGAUAUGAAUGCACAGGGGCUGGGAGAGAUGAAGAGAUUGGAGCGAGAGACCGGUGCCAGGAGAGGCUCAGGUGGAAGCAUUCGCCGACAGCUAAGUCAGGAGAUUCUGGGCACCAAACUGAGCAAAGGGGUGGAUGAGGGGGUGGGAAAGCAGGAGGAUGUAGAGGAGAAGGGAGCAAAGAAAGUCAUGGAGAGGGAGACAGAAAAACAGAGGGAGAUAGAAAGACAGGAGAUAGAAAGGCAGAUGGAGAUGGAACGGCAGAGGAAGUUGGAAAGAGAGGAGAUAGAGAGACACAGGGAGAUGGAAAGGCAGAGGGAGAUAGAAAGACAGAGGAAGUUGGAAAGAGAGGAGAUAGAGAGGCAGAGGGAGAUGGAACGGCAGAGGGAGUUGGAAAGAGAGGAGAUAGAAAGACAGAGGGAAAUGGAAAGGCAGAGGGAGAUAGAAAGGCAGAGGAAGUUGGAAAGAGAGGAGAUGGAAAGGCAGAGAGAGAUCGAAAAACAGGAGAUAGAGAGACAACAGGAGAUCGAAAGACAGAGGGAGUUAGAAAGAGAGGAGAUAGAGAGGCAGAGAGAGAUAGAAAGACAGGAGAUAGAGAGACACAGGGAGAUGGAAAGACAGUGGGAGAUAGAAAGAGAGAAGAAGUUGGAAAGAGAGGAGAUAGAAAGACAGAGGGAGAUGGAACGGCAGGAGAUAGAGAGACAAAAGGAGAUCGAAAGACAGAGGGAGUUAGAAAGAGAGGAGAUAGAGAGACACAGGGAGAUGGAAAGGCAGUGGGAGAUAGAAAGAGAGAAGAAGUUGGAAAGAGAGGAGAUAGAGAGGCAGAGAGAGAUAGAGAGGCAGAGAGAGAUGCAAAAACAAAAGGAGAUAGAAAGAGAGAGGGAGAUGGAAAUACAGAAGAUAGAGAGACACAGAGAGAUGGAAAGGCAAAAGGAGAUGCACAAACAAAAGGAGAUAGAAAGACAGAGGGAGUUAGAAAAAGAGAUGGAGAUUGAAAGACAGAGAGAGAUGGAAAGACAGGAGGUAGAAAGACAAAAUGAGAUACAAAGACAAAAGGAGAUAGAACGUCAGGAAAUAGAAAGACAAAAGGAGAUGCAAAGACAAAAGGAGAUAGAGAGACAGGAGAUACAAAGACAAAAGGAGAUGCAAAGACAAAAGGAGAUAGAGAGACAGAGGGAGUUAGAACGUCAGGAGAUAGAGAGACAAAAUGAACUAGAGAGACAAAUGGAGAUACAAAGACAAAAGGAGUUGGAAAGACAAAAGGAGAUGCAAAGACAAAAGGAGAUAGAGAGACAGAGGGAGUUAGAAAGACAGGAGAUAGAGAGACAAAAUGAACGAGAGAGACAAAUGGAGAUACAAAGACAAAAGGAGAUAGAAAGACAGAGAGAGUUAGAACGUCAGGAAAUAGAGAGACAAAAUGAACUAGAGAGACAAAUGGAGAUACAAAGACAAAAGGAGUUAGAAAGACAAAGGGAGAUACAAAGACAAAAGGAGAUAGAAAGACAGAGAGAGUUAGAACGUCAGGAAAUAGAGAGACAAAAUGAACUAGAGAGACAAAUGGAGAUACAAAGACAAAAGGAGUUGGAAAGAGAGAGGGAGAUACAAAGACAAAAGGAGACAGAGAGACAGAGGGAGAUUAAGAGACGGGAGAUCGAAAGGCAGAGGGAAUUGGAAAGAGAAAAUAUAGAAAGGCAGAGAGAGAUGGAGAAGCAAAGGGAGCUGGAGAGGGAACGGGAGAUGAAAGUGAAAAGGGAUGUGGAAAGACAGAGGGAGUUGGAAUGGGAGUGUGUGGUGAAGGAGAGGGACGAGUUUGAAAUGGAGAGAGGGAAGCAAAAGAAUGAAAUGCAGUGGAAGACAGACAGGAAAAAGGAGAAUAAAUGUAAAAUGGAAGGGGAGAGAAGGAGAGGCGACGAUGAGAGUGAACGCCACCGUAAGCACGUGGCCGAGGGAGUGGAGGAAGAAGUUGUAGACCGGGCGCUGGAUAGGAGGGGGUCAGAGAGGACGACGCAGAGACAGAUUGAUGAGGUGAGGUCAGAGAGGGCGCACGGAAGGAAGGCGGAGAGAGGUACGCACGGUAAUGUUUCUGACAAGGGGCUGGGAACCGGUGUCGACAAGCGAAUUGUGACGGGGCACGGAUUGGAGGAAGUCGAAGAGAAAAGAACGGGGCAGAGGGAUAGGAAGGAACAUGUGGAUUUCGAAGCGGAGAUAGGGGUCACUGGUGCAGGGGAGAGACCGUUGAGGCAGCAGUGGGCCGAGCAAAAAGGCAAGGGCAUCGAGGCACAGGGAGUGACCGAGUUGACGGCCACAGCGGACGACGCGAGAGUGAGACCCUCAUCGCUGCUCACCAAGACAAAGGGGACCGAGGAGGCCAUGGAGAUGGAGGGCGUACAGACGCCGACUACUGCUGACGUAGACGCAUUGGGCCCCGCUCCAUUGCAGCAGGGCAUCGGUAACGCCACGUGCUCGGCCUUCCAGCCGUGGCAGCGUCCAUGCCACCACGUGGCGGCCAAGCCCUGGGUUACCACCGUCGCUUCGUCACCCACAAAUGCCGCCGCGAGGCCCUGGGUGGGUCCCCCGACGCAGGCCACUACCGCCCCGUCGCAAGCACACGGGCAGUCGCACUCAUCACCCAAGCCCUGGGUAGCAGCCACGAAGCAGGGGGCCGAUCGACAGGGAAUGCAGCCGCUGCAGAAGGAGCAGCAGGGAAUUGUAUCGCCCCAGAAUGAAAUGCCAAAGCAGCAGGGAGUGCCACAGCAGCAGCAGCAGAAGCAGCAACCGGCUCUGUCCCUACUGCAGCUGCCGCAGAAGCAGCCGCCCCCAACAUCACCCAAGCCGCGAGUGCUGCUCGUGUCCGUGCCACAGGAGGGGCCUCUGUACCGGGCAUCCCCGCAGACCCAGUCCACCGGCCCGUCACACCAGCCACAGGGCCAGGCCAUCCCUCAGGUGUCUCCUCAGCCCUGGUUGGAGCCUUCGGGGUCGUCGUCCAGGCUGUGGGGACACCCGGCCCAACAGCACUCGCCCCUCCCAUUGCAGCAGCCAGCCAGCCUGGCUGAGCAGUCACAAAAGCAGCAGCAGCAACAGCAGUGGCCACCCAUGCAGCGCCAUUCUCAGCAAGUCCACCUGACACCUGGGCAGGAGUCUGAGCCACUGCUCCCAGAACAGCAGCAGCAGCAGCGGCCAAUGAAACAGCCACGUGCCCAUGUACAGACUGGAUCCUCCAAGGCUGAACUUCUCCAGCAGGAGGCGCGAGUGGCUGAAGAGAGGAGCGACAAAGCAAUGCUGACAGUCGCCGACCGCAAGCAACUGCUGGCGCAGAGGGAGGAGGGACGCACAAUGCGGGGAACGGCACCAGGACCUUCUGCCCCGCACGGACACCAAGGCCGCUCCGCACAGCCGUCACCGGACCGCAGGGCGACACACGCCGAGAAGGCACGGUCACAUAUCCGAAUGGCCCGGGAUGCGGUUGCCAGGGAGACGGUUGCCAGGGAGGCAACUGCCAGAGACGGAGGAUUUUAUCUGCAGACGGGCCGAGGGGGCUGGGCUGGCUCAGAGUUUAGCGAUGAAGACUUUGCCUAUGUGGCCAACGUGCACACACCACGGCUGGACUUCAGCCUGGCGGAGCACCGGCGCGCCGUGCGCCCGCUGCGCCGAACCGUGCCCUCCCGCAAUCCGCUGCGAGUGCUGGCCGCGCGCGCCGAUGUGUGGUCCGAGGAUGUGGCCCUGGGCCUGGAAAUGAACAGCCCUCCACGGCCCCACAGCGCUUGCCACGCGCGGCCUGCGUGGACAUCGGCCAGCCAGCGGCCAGUUACGAAGCAGCCGCCCUUCGUUGCCCCCGUGGCUCCACCACCACCACCCCCAGCGGCUCCACCACCACCACCCCCAGCGCUAGCAGUGGCCCCAGCAGUGCCUGUCGUUGCCAUGGAGACACAAGCCGUGGCCAAGACACGCAGCAGCAAGACCACCACGGCAGCCACCCCGUACAAGCGAGUCAUGCUGCUGCAGGUCAAAGGCCGAAGCCACAUUCAGACGCGGCUUGUGGAGCCCAGAGCUACCUCCCUGAACAGCGGAGACUGCUUCAUCCUGGUGACACCGCACCACUGCUACCUGUGGGUGGGACACUUCUCAAACCCGGCGGAGCGCAACAAGGCCGCGGAGCUCGCUGGAUACAUCCAGUCUCGCCGUGACCUUGGCUGCCGAGCCGGGAGCGUACACGUGAUCGAGGAGGGUGUGAACUGCGACAGUGGACGUGCGCGCGGAUUCUGGGCCCACCUCGGUGGCUUCACGCCCUACCAGGCAUCGGGAGGCACGGAGGAAGACGAGCUGUACGAGGGCGUGAUCGCCGAGACCAACUGCAUCUACCGCAUGGUGCACGACAAACUCAUCCCCGAGGAUGGCGCCUGGGGCCGCGUCCCCACGCAGGAGCUGCUGGAACCCAGCGACGUGCUGGUGUUUGACUUCGGCAGCGAGGUGUACGUGUGGUGUGGGCGUGGGGUCCCAUCUGCGGCACGCGCCGUGGCCUUCCAGCUCGCCAAACAGCUCUGGAACGGCACCUUCGACUACACCAACUGCGACAUCAACCCCCUGGAUCCGGGGGAGUGCAAUAGCCUCAUCCCACGGAAGGGUCGCGGCCGUCCCGAUUGGGCCAUAUUUGGCCGCCUGAUCCAGCAUAGCGAGACCAUCCUCUUCAAGCAGAAGUUCCUCGACUGGUUUGAUGCAGUGCCCUCGGGUGGACCUCCUCGUGAUCCUGCCAGGGGUGACGCCCAGCUGCCCGAGCUGCACCCGUGCGACAUUCGCCUGAUGCUCACCGAGCCGUCCGAGUCCCAGGACCCGGCGGGUGCCGCAGAGGCCCCUCUGGAGGGGCUAGGACCCGGCAGGGGGGCGCGGGGCGCCAUGGGCGGCCGUGACAUUGCCACAGUCGGCGUGGACGUGUGGCACAUCCUGGACUGCGACUACAGCCGGAUACCUCAGUCGAGCGUGGGCCAGUUCCACGAGGGUGACACCUACGUGCUGAAGUGGAGAUACGUGCUGCUCGGCACGGACUCCCGCGGACGGGGCCCCGCGGCCGGCACGGAGCGCUGCGCCUACUUCUUCUGGCAGGGCCGGCACUCCACGGUGGACGAGAAGGGAACGACGGCACUCAUGGCGGUGGAGCUGGGGGAAGACCGGGGACCUCAGGUUCCAGUGACCCAAGGCAGAGAACCUCCUUCUUUCCUGCAGCUCUUCCAGGGUGGGAUGACCGUGCACGCUGGCCGGAGAGAAGAGGAGGAAGCUGGGACCCAGGGUGACUGGCGGCUGUACUGCGUCCGAGGCGAGGUACCAGUGGAGGCGCACCUGCUGGAGGUGGCGUGCCACGUGAGCAGCCUGCGCUCGCGAGCCCACAUGCUGCUGCUCAACGUGCACCAGGCGUCCAUCCUGCUGUGGCAUGGCUGCAAGGCUCAGCCAUCCGGCCGGCCCGUGGCAAAGCAGGCAGCCAAACGCAUCGGCGAGCUGUGCCCGCUGGAGGCAGGGCUGCACAGCAGCAGUCGCCUGAACAUUGAGGAGUGUGAGGAGGGGGCUGAGCCCACGGCAUUCUGGGAUGCGCUCGGGCGCCGCAACCGCAAGGCAUACGACUGCAUGCUGCAGGACCCAGGCAGGUUUAACUUCACCCCGCGGUUGUUCGGCCUGGAGGUGUCAUGUGGCCGUCUGGUGGCGCGGGAGCGGCUGUACGCGGCGCGCAUUCCCGGAGCCGUUUGCUCCACUCCAUUCCUGCAGGACGAGCUGUACAGCGGCAGCCAGCCGGCCCUAUUCAUGGUGGACAAUCACCAGGAGGUGUACCUGUGGCAGGGCUGGUGGCCCAACGGGGGUGACCCCCACUCAAACUCUCCGUCUCGCCUGCUGUGGGACCAGGCCCACCGAGCUGCCAUGCAGACUGUCCUGAGCUACUGCACAGCGAAGUCCCCAAGCAACCCCCCCAAGGCAUACCUGAUCCACGCUGGUCUGGAGCCCCUCACCUUCACCAAUGUGUUUCCUUCCUGGGAACAUCGGCAGGAUGUCGCUGAAAUCAGUGAGAAGAAUGUGCAGGCAAGCAGCCAGAUCACGCUGGUGCAGGAUGUGCUGGAGGCUCUGAGCCAUCCUGGCACAGCGGGGGGCCGGCCCUUACCCGUGGGGGCCGAGACCCAGCCAGCCACACAGCCCGACACAGAGGUAUACGCAGGAAUGCCACAGGCAGAGUUUUCUGCCCUGCCACUCUGGAGGCAGCAGGAGCUCCGACAGGCAGCAGGGCUAUCGUGAAAGUCUGCCUGUUUACCUGAAGACCCAACAGAGAUGAAGUCCUUACCUUGCCUGGAUAACUGUGCCUGUUCACACAUUGGAUCAUAGAGUGUGCACCUCGGUCCCACUGUCAUGAAACACACAUUUUUAUGCGUUUAGAGCUGCGGUGAUUUUUUUGUGUAACUGCGAUGGAAGGCUGUUCUGGAGAGUAUGUGAACCAGUCUAUUGUAAGUGGGCAUUUCACCUGUGGUGUUGCUGGCACUGUUAUGGUCCUGAAAAAAUAUAGUGAAAUUUAACCCAUGCCGUUUAAAUCGCAAGUACUGUGUUGUAGUUUGUGUUUGAAUGACAUGUACUAGCCUUGUGUAUGGGCAUGCACACACGAGUACAAAUACACUUACAUUGAUAUGUUUGUAAAUACAUUUUGGGGGAACUACACAAUCAACUGUGGAUUUGUUCAACCACCAGGAUAUAGCAUUUCAACAAUGGGCAGCUUGCUCCUAAUUUCUGCAAACGUCAUUCUUUAAGCACCUGCAGAGCAUUGAUUUAUACGCCAUACGUGGAUAUCUGAUUUUUUCAUGGGUAAAUGGGAUGAGAUUUCUUUUUUUACCCUCAGUGUGUGCUGUUCAUUUUAUGUGACAUUUAGCUUUGCCCAUGAAUUACUGUGCAGUAUCCACCACCUUAAGGACACAGUACCUUACUGACAAAAACAAUGGCCCCUUGUAUGGCCCAAUGUGUCUGCAAUGCUGUAUUUUCAUUUUUAAUAUUUUAUAUUUUUGUUUGGGUUGUUUUUGCUUUGUGUACAGUAUUUGUCACAGGGAUAGUUCAGUGUUAAACCACAGUGUGUAAGCAUGGGUGAUUGUUAACCCAGCUGUCAUGUACAAUAGUUAGCAGAUACAGAACUAUGACCGCAGGGUUGAGUAGGCAUUACCAAGAAAUUGAGAUUGUUGAUCGUCAGCUCCUUAUAUGAUGGCCUUAUGAGCACGAAAACAUGGUUUACGUGCGAGUUUUUGAAUGUGUUUGCCAUUAAGCUGGCAUUUAAAUGCACUGAAUGGUGGGGGCAGUGGCUGUCUUUCUGGCAAGUUUAGAAGACCCAACCUCCCAUAUUUGAAUCUUGACUUCCAGCUUUCGUGACUGCAGGAAUUCAUAUUAUUGGGUCUUUCGGUAAAGUCACGUAGAUAGGUUCAAAGGAAAUAAGAAAAAAUUACUAAUAACUACGACGUUUUGAUCGCAACACAAGCGGGUUUUUUUUUCUUUGUGAUGACGAACGCUUGAGUUAGGAACAAAUUUGUGACAAAUUUAAAAGUGAAUAAAAUAUUGUUUAGUUUAAUUUGAUUCUACCUGGGUGCAUCCGAGCAUGGCCUAGUCAGCUUAAGUAAAGCGUUGCAAGGCUCCCUUUGCCACGUAAAUUGCCUUGUACAAAAUCACGCACUUACAAAAAAGUAAUGAUAUUAUAUAACUUUUUGUCGUGUAUAAAUCAACACAUCUGUACAAUAAAAUGAGUUACAGUCAAGUUGAUUGUACAGUACUUGAAUACGUACUGUCGUUAAGGUUUUAAAUAUAUGGGUGAACAUUGUGUAAGCACACUUGCGUAAAGCAUCACAAGGUAGUUUGCUUUACACUCUGGCUGGCCUGAUGGCGCUUUAUGAAAUCUAACGUUGAAUGUUAUACAGCAAUUGAAAUUCAUUUAAUUCGCAAUGUGGUGCAUUCGUAAAUUUAUCGUACAGUAAUUCACUUGCGUAUUGAGUACAAGCUUUACAAAAUGUCCAAUCUGUGCAGGACUUACAUGAAGCCAUUAUAAAGAGGCAACUUGUGGGUGUUAAAUUUGGCAAUGGACUGCAGUAACUCGUGUUCGGUAUGUUUGAAACUCGCAAAAUAGACUGGCUUUUCUAGUGUUUUACUCUUUUGCCAAUUUGAAUACUGUACUGUAUAAGCUGAACCCCAUUUUAGGACUGUUUUGUAAAACUUGCAUUGUGAAAAGGUAAGAAAGGAACUGCUACAUUUUAAAUACAGCACUGUAUUGUCUAUGUACAUGAGUACAAUUUUAGAAUAGCACAUGCAGAUUUUGGAAACAGUGUUUGUAUAAAAACUGUGCCUUUUAUAAUUGUAAAGCAUAAGACAACUGAACAGCUUUUUUUGCAUUUUAUUUGUAAACUGAUUUAUCUAUGCAAAUGACGUCUGUGCAUAUGUAGUAACGCAAGGUGUGAUGUGAUGCUUACGAGUGAUUAAUAAACAUGCAUGUCAACCUGU